GGAGAAAGUGAGGCUUUGACUGGAGUCAGUUAGUAUCAGCCGAACUUCAGCUCUAGCCUGGACUCUAGACUCACGUCCCGUCAGGAAUCUCAUCUCUGGCUUCGGAAAACCUCGGAAGUCGUUGUGGUUUCGAGUAUUCUGCAGGUUCACUUUGCUCUGGCUUGUAGGGAGGAAAACCACUAGUAACGUGAACGUGCGAAAGCGACGCAUUGCGACACAUGCAAGAAGCAUUCACUCCUAGUCGGGUCCGCCUUGACCGUUCAAGCCGGAAAUUCGACGAAGUCGCGAUUCAACGAAGGACCCUCUUUUGACCUCGCGAGAUAUUUUUUCGAAUUCUGAUUCAACGAAGGACCCUCAUUUGACCUCCAUUAGGCGUCUCUUUCUCUCCAUGGAGACCCUCCGCCUCUCCCUCUCGCACCUGCUGCUGGCAUUGCUGGCGAGCAGCCAUGUCUGCUCGCUCGUUUCGUCGCAAACGCUCGACCCGUCUCAAGAGCCUGUGCUGGCCGGAUGGGGUCUGCUGGAGGGCGCUCAGAAUGUAUCAUGUGACGCCAUCUAUGGCAUACAAUGCGACGCUCAAGGCAUGGUCACUGCCAUAGAGCUGCCAGAGCGGGAGCUCAAGGGACCCAUUCCCGACAGCAUCAGCGCCCUCUCGAAGCUCUCAAUCCUGGAUCUGAGUGCCAAUCAGUUCAACGGGACAAUCCCGACUACUCUGGCUCAGCUCGCAUUACUGAUUAAGAUUGACCUGAAUACCAACAACCUGGGGGGAUCUCUACCAGACACUCUAACGGCUCUCUCUGCGCUCACUCACCUCUCGCUGUGGAACAACCAUCUGAAUGGCUCUCUCCCAUCAUACAUUGGCGUUCUAUCAUCACUCCAAUACCUGGACAUCAGUGAGAAUAGCAUGGAUGGCUCCAUUCCCGAGGCGAUUGCCUCACUCACCAAACUAUCCUUCUUAGCAGCAUGGGGUAAUCUCCUCUCAGGCUCUCUGCCCUCUGUCAUUGGACAACUGUCAAACCUACAAUCACUGGAUGUGAAUGCAAACGAGCUUUCAGGGCAACUACCAGACUCCUUGGGUCACCUUACUAGACUCUCGGAAUUGCUACUGUAUCAGAACCAGUUCACUGGCUCUCUACCUUCCACCAUUGGAACCCUCACCAACCUCACCAAGCUGGAUCUCAACACCAACAACCUCACUGGGGCACUACCAGAUUCACUAGGCAGUCUGCUGGCUCUUAAAUACCUGGAUGUCAGCAUGAACAGGCUUGCAGAAUCCCUUCCAUCCGCAUUGGGCUUGCUUUCAGCCCUCGUUUCCCUUGACGUCAGCAGCAACGCUCUCUCUGGAUCCCUGCCUCCAGCGCUUGGUGCACUGACCGACCUCUCCACGCUAGCCAUCACCAGCACCAGCCUCACCUGCCCUGUCUCCUCCUCCUCAUCCCCUGCUUCCUGUGUGGUCAAGCAAUCCGUCCUCUCUGCCUUCUGCCGCCGCUGCUCCUCCUUCUGCUCCUCGUGCUCCGGUGAAACGGACGGCCCUUGCAGCCCAUCCCAGCCCAACCCGUGUGGCACAGGCCUCUGCAUUCCCCUCAACGGCUCCACCUCAGCUCCAGCCCCUUCCAUGUCAGCCGCUGCGUCUGCCAACGUGGCAGCUGACCUGGCCUUCACAUCCGCAAUCAUUGCAGCGCCAUCAGCAGCAGCACCAGCAUCAGAAGAAGCGGCUGUGGACGCCCCUCCUCUGUACAACUGCAGCUGCCCGUGGAAUGCCGUGCUGGGGGAGAGCAGUGAUGGGUCCCCCACCUGCGUUCCCUUCUUGUCCGACGACCCCUGUCAUGCCCCUACUGGCGUCAACCCGUGCGGCGAGGGCCAGUGCUCUACCACCGAGAACUCAGCCGAGGGCACUUACACCUGCUCCUGCCCUGCUGGGUCGUUUCCGACGCUGGCUGCUUCUGGCAUGCCGACCUGCGUUAGGGGUGAUCCCUGCUCCCCUAAUCCCUGUGGCGCCGGUCAAUGCACCCUCAACACCACCGCUGCGGUCACUGUGAGGGCUACUAUAGCUGCUGCUACUGCUGCUACAACUGCUACAACUGCUGAAACUAAUGCUGCUGCAACCACUGGUGCUGCUGCAGCUCCUACUCUCGCUCCGGCCAGUGCCCCUUCCCUCUCCCUGCCAUCUCCCUCCUACUCCUGCUCCUGCCCUUCUGGCUCCUCUCCCUCCACUCUCCCGACUGGCCUCCCAACCUGCACUACUACAGCUGGUAAUGAGACAGCUGGUAAUGCGACAGCUGGUAAUGCGACAGCUGGUAAUGGGACUUCGUCUACAUCACGUCCCAAGGGUGCAAGUGCCGGUGUACCCUUUACCAGCGUCUUUGGAUUGUUCCUCAUGGUUAUUGGAGGUAGUUUUGCAAUCUUGCUAUAGGUUCUAGUUAACCCUGUGGCGUAUCACGCAAGCCAGUCUCCCUUCAUAUGAUUGAGAGUAGAAUUCGGGCCGUAUAUGAAGUUUAUGUGGAGCUUGGGGAUUGCUACAUGAUACUUUCGUAAGGGAGCAAUUAAUGAACUGUUUUAUACGAC